ACAGUCCCAAGAUUCUCAAACAUAAUCUUGUGUUUAACUAAACCUACAUACAGGAUCCUACGUGGACACAUAUUUAUCCUUUCACCUGGAGAUGGAGAUGGGAGAACAUACGAGUACGUGAGAGAGAGAGAGUCCAACGUUCUCAAACGCAUUCCGACAGGUAGACUAGACACGUCUCUCUGUUGUGUAUAUAUAUCUCGUGUGUAUGCAGGCUCCGACAUUAGCUGGCGCUGUUGGCGAGAUCACGUACGUACGUACUAUAAUCGUGUGGGUUCGAUCGAUCGGUAGAAGAGGAUCGAUCGAACGGCGACGCGCCGGCGACGAUGACGAUGGAGCUGGAGUCGCAGGAGGUGGUGGUGGAGACGACGACGGCGGCGGCGGCGGCGAGGGCCGCCUCUGCCGCGCACGUCAGGACCACGGUGGCGCUCCGGCUGCUGGCGUUCGCGGCGUCGCUCGCCGCCGCCGUGGUCGUGGCCACCAACAGGCAGGAACGCUGGGGCAUCACCGUCACCUUCAAGAUGUUUGCCGUCUGGGAGGCGUUUGUGGCGAUCAACUUCGCCUGCGCCGCCUACGCGCUGCUCACGGCGGUCUUCGUGAAGAAGCUCGUCAGCAAGCACUGGCUGCACCACAUGGAUCAGUUCACGGUGAACCUGCAGGCGGCGUCGACGGCCGGCGCCGGGGCGGUGGGAUCGGUGGCCAUGUGGGGGAACGAGCCCAGCGGGUGGUACGCCGUCUGCCGCCUCUACCGCCUCUACUGCGACAGGGGCGCCGUCUCCCUCGCGCUCGCCUUCGUCGCGUUCGUCGCCUUCGGCGUCGCCUCCAGCCUCUCCCGCUACCCCAGGGCACCACCCCCGCCGGCACCCAGAUAA